AUGGAAGAGGAUGAGGGACUGGAGUGGAAGGCAAAGCUGAACAGGAGGAAAAUCCAAGCAGAGACAAUGGGACCUAUGGGGUCCAUAAAAUAUCCUCUUGCUGGUACAAAUAAAAGAUUUCUGCUUAAUACAAUUAAGAACACAUUAUCCUCUCAGAAGGAGCAAGACCAAGAGCAGAAGGAGGACAAUAAGGAACCUGAGCCAAGUCAGAACCAGAAAGAAGAAAACCCAAAGAAACACAGAACUCAUCCGUGCAGACACAACUUCCAGUUUUGGAGAGGAGUUCGCUAUUCUCCAAGGAAGAGGAACCCCUAG